AUGUCCAUUAAUCCCCUUUUUCAUGCUAGGACAAAGCCUAUUGAAAUAGACUACCAUUUCGUCCAAGAAAAGGUAGUCAUGGGUAAUCUCAUCACACGGGUCGUUCAAGAAACUGGGAGAUCAGGAAAGGUCAAGCAGCUACCAGGACCCCGUGGCUUACCCCUGGUGGUCUACCUCCUAAUCCUCGGUAGAAACACUCACAGAACUUUGAUGGAAUUGGCCAAGAUUUAUGGUCAUCCAAUUUAUAAACUUUCGCUUGGACAGAGACAAUGUGUGAUAAUAAGCUCUCCAUACUUGGCAAAAGAGGUGGUUCAUGAUCAAGACAUCGUAUUUGCCAACCGUAACCCAACAAUUGCAGCAUUGGCUUUCUCUUUUGGUGGAAAGGACAUUGCAUUCUCGCCUUAUGGGCCAGGACAACGAAUGCUGUGCAGGAUAUUUGUCCAGGAAAUGCAGAGUAAAGCAAACCUUGAUGCUUUUUAUGCCCUUCGGCAAAAUGAGGUUAAAAAGAGUGUUAGAGAUGUGUAA